AUGACAGACGUGCAACUUGCCACCUUUGACAACACAUUGGGGGUGUUGCUCUUCUUGCCUGUCGUUGUCUAUCACCAUGUGGCUGUCAACAAUCCCAAGAAGCAGGAAUAA